CCCGUAAAGGAAAGCAGGCGUUUCAGUUUGUACCAAGCGAAGCGGCCAGCGUUCUCCGCACCAGACAGCACACAAAGAAUUGUUUUGAUAAAUUAUAAUAUUAACAGUAGUUAAAUAAAAGGCAGAUGAUUUAACGCACAGAAAAUCGAUUUACUUACUACCUUAGUGUACGUUGUGUAGUGGUUUUGAGUUUUGUACUGUUAGAGGAGAAACUACCAAAGGAAAAUACUUUCAUUUUUAUUGAAUCUGCCGGAGUGGAGCCGAAAGUAAGCGAAACAACACUUCCGUGUUAACAAAAAGACGUCGCAGCCACUGCAGCCCGUACUGGGAUGGUGUUUUUUUAAAGAUUAUGUGUAGAAGACUGGAGAAGAAGAUGUACUUUGUUUCCGUUUAUUCCUUCAAGGCGGAAAACCACCAAACUUAAGUUACUUCAAGUUGGAUAUAUAUUUAACUUAACAGCAAGUCUGCCCCUGACGGAUUACGUAUGAGCUACACCUGGAAGCUUGCGAUUUUAGUUGCGUUUUAAGCUGGAAUCGUCUUCAAGAUCGGAUCUCAUUCUUUUUGCUCCUUUUCCUGGUCGCUUACUUGGAUGUAGUACAGUUGGCGCUUUAGCUUUUUUUGCUUAGUUUUUGGGGGGGGCGGGGGGAUGGCUCCACUAUUGGAGUAUAUGUGUUACUGAAUAUCACUUUUUGCUUGACAAGUUAGUUUAGAUAUACACCUAAUAAAAAAAAUCUUACAUAUAAAGAACAGAUCAGCUAGUCAGGCUGGUUGAUAAAUGCCGAGCACGGAGGCGGCACAGGAAGGUCGGAAGCCCCGGCUGGAGAGGACUUUAGGUACGGGAGCCGAGGUGCCCAAGCGCCGCGAGAAGCGUCGCUCAGCCUCCUCUAAACGCCGUAGGAGCCGUCACGGCCGAUCAAGACUACCGCUAUCUCUUCGAACAGACGAGCCCGGCAGCGACCGUCGAUCCUUUCCACAAAGGGACGGCGACCCACGCACUCAAGUUGAGUACGACGAUGUGAGUUCACAGUCGGAGAGAUUCUCGGGCAGUCCUUCUCCCAAGCCCGAUACCCGCGACCACCGGAUUCUUAUGCAACCGAACAACUGUGACACUGUGCCAGGGGAAAGCCGGCGAUCGCGUAAGGAGCACCAUCGCCAUGCGGUCAGUAAGGAGCAUCGCCACAGUAGUAAUAGCAGCAGCAGCCGAGCAACCCGCGAUAGAGAGCGGUCCAAAUCCCGAAAGCACGCCAAGGAUGAUGGCCGAACUAGUGACAGUAACGGCAAAAAGAAAGUCUCUCUACCACUUUCCAGUCUCUUGGAAGCAAAGGUGAACAAAAGCAGUCGGUCCAAGACUGACAAAGAAGCACCCUUUGCUUAUAAGGACACCCCAAAAGCAUAUAGGGCAAAAGAGGAACCCCGGGCCUACAGGAAGAAGAAUUCGCUAAGCCCCAGUUUUAAGGAGGAUAGUCCGUACGGUGGGGCAUACAACCAGGGCUACGGCUACCAGUCUCCAGCGAGUGGCUACACUCAGUUCGGAAGUAAAAGAAGCCCCAACAGCUAUGGCAGCAAGAGGAGGUCACCCAGUCCGAAUUACUACGCAGGUAGGGAGGCGGACUUCUACAGCACCAGUCACCCUGCUAGCCCCCCGCCAGUGUAUGCGGCCCGAAGGCAGAAGUCGAGCAGUCCAUACAGCUGGCGUCGUUCCCCAAGCUAUGGCCGACACAGUCCUUACGAGCAGGGAGAGUUGGCAGCCAGUCCUUACAGCCGAGGCCGCCGUUCCAAGAGCCCCUACAGAAGAUCGUACAGUCGUAGCCCGGACUCCAGGAGAGCUGCAAAAUCUGUGAGCCGUAGCCCAUAUUCCACGAGGCAUUCUCGUUCACGCAGCCGGCAUCGGCAUUCCCGGUCACGUAGCCGUCACUCCAGCAUCUCUCCAAGUACCCUCACUUUUAAGAGUAGCCUAGCAGCCGAACUGAGUAAACAAAAAAAGGCUAAGGCAGCAGAGGCAGCACGUUCAGCAACCAAGAACUCCAGCGCAUCCACGCCCACCAAGAGCACUAGCAUCACUGCUACUCCCCUUCCUGCAAUCCAACCUAUUUCUGCCAAUCAUAUUAAAGAGCUGAAGAAGACCAAAUCUGAAAGACCACCUUCCCCGCCACCUGAGAAACCUGUGAAGACAAAGGUGCCAGCUGUAGAGGUUCCAUGUGAGGUUUUGACCCCUGUGGAAAGGCCUAGUAAACGAGCAGUUGCCGCUGUGGCUUCCAAAGAAAGAAGUAAAGAGCAACUGAAGCCAGCAAAGGAAAAGAAAAAGCACCCAGUAGUUAGUGCUCCAGUAGUGAAGGAAAAAGAAAAGGCAGUUUUUACCCCAACCUCUACUCUGCCUCCUCUGCCUCUACCUCCACUGCUUCUUGAGGAUCUGGAGGCUACAAGCAGCUCCAAAGAAAGCCUUAAUUUAAAGCCUGCAAAAAAGACGUCAGAAAGGAAACCUCGUCACAUACUCAAUGAUCUUCCUCUGCCGCCUGAACUUCCAGGAGCAGACUCCUCUUCUCCAAACAUUCAGGAGGAUAAAAAAGCAUCCGCUACAGCAGUAUUAAAACGAAGGCCAAAAAUUUGUGGUCCCCGUUUUGGAGAAAUAAAGGAAGCAGAGAUUGACUGGGGUAAAAGGUGUGUGGACAAGUUUGAAAUUAUUGGAAUAACUGGAGAAGGCACUUAUGGGCAAGUUUAUAAGGCAAAAGACAAGGAUACAGGUGAAAUGGUUGCACUGAAAAAAGUCCGCUUAGAUAAUGAGAAAGAAGGAUUUCCUAUCACAGCUAUUAGGGAAAUCAAAAUCCUGCGGCAGCUUAACCACAAGAGCAUCAUUAAUAUGAAGGAAAUAGUAACAGAUAAAGAAGAUGCUUUGGACUUUAAGAAGGAUAAAGGUGCAUUUUAUUUAGUGUUUGAAUACAUGGACCAUGACUUGAUGGGUCUCCUGGAAUCAGGAUUAGUACAUUUUAAUGAAUGUCAUAUAAAGUCUUUCAUGAGGCAAUUAAUGGAAGGACUUGACUAUUGCCACAAGAAGAACUUCCUGCAUAGAGACAUAAAAUGUUCUAACAUUCUGUUGAAUAACAGGGGGCAGAUUAAGCUAGCAGAUUUUGGAUUGGCCCGACUGUAUAAUUCAGAAGAAAGCCGUCCAUAUACCAAUAAAGUAAUAACAUUGUGGUACAGGCCUCCUGAACUUCUGUUAGGGGAAGAGAGAUAUACACCUGCUAUUGAUGUCUGGAGCUGUGGAUGCAUACUUGGAGAGCUGUUCACUAAGAAACCUAUUUUUCAAGCAAAUCAGGAGCUUGCUCAACUUGAACUUAUAAGUCGUAUUUGUGGAAGCCCAUGCCCUGCUGUGUGGCCAGAUGUAAUUAAACUUCCAUAUUUCAAUACAAUGAAACCAAAGAAGCAGUACCGUCGACGUCUUAGAGAGGAAUUUGUAUUCAUACCCACAACUGCAUUAGAUCUGUUUGAUCAUAUGCUUGCAUUGGAUCCAAGUAAACGAUGCACUGCUGAACAGGCCCUUCAGAGUGAUUUCUUAAAGGAUGUUGAUCCUGCAAAAAUGCCUACUCCUGACCUCCCAUUAUGGCAAGACUGCCAUGAAUUAUGGAGCAAAAAACGCAGACGACAGAAGCAAAUGCCAGAUGAAAUGAUUGCUCCAAAACUUCCCAGAAAGGAUCUUGCUUUUGGCAUGGAUGAUAGCAGAAACAGUACUCCACAAGGGUUUCCGUCAGUUCAGCACAAGUCUCAGAGUGGUACUAAUAUUGGACUAGAUUUAAAAGCAGCUGGACCCCAACUGAGCCAGGAACAGUUAUCAAUUUUGUUGAACCUCCUCCAGUCAAAAACCACUGUUAGCAUGGCUCAGUUUGCCCAAGCAAUGAAUAUCAAGGUAAAUGCAGAAACACUGCAGCAACUGAAUAGUAUGUCUCUUCCACCUGGAAUCUUAACCACAGCGGAAAAGCCACAAGAGCCUCUGCCUCCAGUAUCAAUACAAGAGUCAACAAAGGGGACAGCUGGGACCGUACCAGCAGCAACCUCAGCCACCCGUACACCUCAGCAGCAAGCCCAGCUGAAAACCGAUGGAGAUGCACCUCCCACAGCAAUCCAGAGUGCAUUUACAGUUUUACUUACUCAACUACUCAAGGUCCAACAGAUGCACAAGAAGGAUGGUGUCCUUCCUGAGGGAGACGUGGCUUCUGGAAAUAGUGUACCUCAGGAGAUCGUACAGCUUCCAGAGCCUAGUCCAUCACUUUCACAAGAUUCAAAUGAAGAUGAUGAGGAUAAUGAAGUUCCACUACAGAAUAUAAAUGCCCCAGAGCCUCCUGUCAUCCUGCCCCCAGAUCAGCGUCCUCCUGAGCCUCCUGAACCCCCUCCUCCUACUGAGGAUCUGGACUAUCGUGCCGAGCUGCACCAGCAAGGAGUGGUUAACAUGGGAACUUCCGAUUCUCAGAUGAGUGUGAAGACUGCUGUGCUGCCACAUUUGUCUCAGAACAACAUACAGGAGCCGGAAUAUCAGCCCAGCAAUGAUUAUAGGAACACCUUUCUAAUGUCCUCAUUCACGUCCAGCAGCUAUGUGAAUGAGGGCUUUUCUGCAAGCUAUCUUGGGCCUAGGGAGAGAGAGACAUUUUUGAGUGGUCUAGGCAGCGGACUGGCACCUCAUUCUCUAAGGGAAAUGUUUAGCAGCAGUGCUUUAUCUCACACUGGAGGCAGUGGGAGACCGCAUACUCCAGGUUAUCCAGAGCCAUUCUCUAACACUUUGAGCAGUGGCUAUGGAGACAGUAUCAGUUACACUGGUGGGGCUUCAACAGCGAUGCUGUUCAGCGGCGACAAGGACCACCGAUUUGAAUACAGUACUAGCCCUUUGCCAGUGCUUUCAGACAGCUCUGAAAAUACACAUACCGCAGGUAUGACUCUGUCAGGGAAUAUCCACAGUUACAACCAUGGAAUGAACAGACUUGAAAGCAUGCCACAUGGAGGACCCACACACGGACAGAACUGGGUAUCUCCAUCACAAGCUGGUGUCUACUCCCAGGGAUACAGAGCUCAUCUGAAUGCAGCCUCCUUGAGGGGCAGAGGUCUACCUUAUUAAUUGAUUGUAGAUGACUUUAUAAAUGUUCUCAGGCACAUUUAAAGCUGGGACAAUGGACUUUUUAUUACAACUUAGAGCAUAUUUACAGAUUGAGGAAAGGGUAAGAAAGAAAUGUAAUAAACUAUUUUUUGUACAUUGUCAAAGAGCAGCACUCAUAAGUGGAAACCCGAAUGCUCUUACAGUUUUUCGUAUUCUUUUUAUCCUUUCCAAUGCUGUCCUUUUUUGAAAAGGCAAAUUUAAAUUGUUCUCUUUGAAGUGUACAUUUUAUGAAGCCAGGUUACCAAUUUUAUCUGUUAUAGCUCUUGUUUCCAUUUAAUUGAGUUUGGUUUUAGGCAGGAUAGUAUUAACAUUUUAACUGCUAAACCAGGCAACAAUGAUUGAGAUGAACAUUUCUUUGUAAUUUAUCAGCAAUAUUGUUUUUGGACCAAUUGUAUACCAUACAGCCAAGAAAUCUUAUUAAAAGCACUGGAUAUUUUGGUCUUUUGUUUUAAAAACUAUUUUGUAUAAGGUCACUAUCAGCAUCAAACAUGGCUGCCAGUCGAUUGCAGACAAAAAAAAAACUAUAACGAGAAAUCUUGUAUUUAAACAGAGUACUAGAAUUUACACUGUAGUCCCCUCCCAUUGAUACAUGAGAGUUUACUAAAAUACAUUUUACCUGAUUAAAAAUUUAAAAAAAUAAUUUUUUUGACAAUUUCUGGUAAAAUUUAAAUAAAUGCAGAGGGGGAUUUUGUGCCUAAUAAUUAGGUGUCCAGACUCUCUGGUUUGAGGUUUAAAAAAAAAAAAAAAAAAAAAAAAAAAAGUAUUUCUAUAAAAUUAUUUUGUUUUGUUUGCUUCUUUUUUUAAAUGUCAUUUUGGGCAAUCCAUUGACGGAGUAAUUUAAAUUCUGUUUUAGGAUUUAAUGAGCUCAAAUAAUCUGUGAGGAUUUAAAUUCUUUAUAAAAUGAAAGACUGUUAUCUUCCAAUUUGGCCUCAUUGUUAGGGGUCACUGUGUCAUAUAAUGUUAUUGAAACACUGUAAAUUGUUUGUUUCAUAUUACCCUCUAAUGUUCAGCAGUUUAGCAUUUUAUAUUUUUUACCCCCCAAGGGUGCGAGUUUCCUCCCUUAGCUUGAGCACCCAGUGUGGAAAGAGGAGCGCGAGUCUUCAGCGCGGCCCCAAUUAUGGAGGUGAGGUUCUUGACCUUUAGAGCUUGUUUUCCCCCACGUUAUAUCAGCUGUUUAUAAACCAUAGUAAAGAUCAACAAUAAAACCCUGUGACAUUGA